AUGGUUCUUGGAAAACUCAACUUAUCUCAAUUAUUUGAUUUUACCAAAGUUGUUAGUAUAAGUAACAUUUCAUUAACUCCUCAAAGAAUCAUGGAACGUAACACUAAUCUUCAUAAGAUUUUGACAAUAUUAGCUUUAAUUAUUUUGGUGAUCAGUUUUAUUGGAUUAAUAAUUAUCAUUGUUUUGUAUAUUCUAAGUAGUAACAUUCCAGAUGUGUAUUCAGUAGUGAUUGAUGCAGGAUCAACUUCUUCAAAAAUUCAUUUAUAUAAAUGGAUCGAUGAACCAUUUCGAUCAAAUGGAAAAGUUGAUGAAGUGACUAGUGAAAAACUUUCUCCUGGCAUAUCAGAUUAUAUUAAUGAUACAAUUAAAGCUUAUGAAACAUUAAAACCGAAACUUUUGAAAUUAACGAUUAGUUUAACAUUUGAACAAAAAAAGCAUACACCAAUUUAUUUGGCUGCAACUGCUGGUAUGCGAUUAAAACUAAUUGAAGAUCCAUUAGGAAGUUUAGAUUUAUUCUCAGUAAUUCGUCAAUAUUUAAAACAGUCUGGUUUUCAAAUUGAAACACCAAAUGAGCGUAUUCGUUUAUUGUAUGGAUCAGAAGAAGGACUUUAUGGUUGGGUAUCAGUGAAUUAUAUUUUAGGUAUUAUUAAAGAAGGUAAACAAACAAAUCCUUCUGAAACAGUUGGUUCUUUGGAUCUUGGCGGAGCUAGUACACAAAUCGCAUUUAUUCCCAAAACAUAUUCAAAUAUACCAAAAGAAAAAUUAGACUUUUAUCCACUCCGAUUAUAUGGAAAUGAUUUUUCAGUAUAUAGUCAUAGUUUCUUAUGCUAUGGAAAAUCGGAAUUUGAAAGACGUGUAAUAACUUCAAUUGCAGCAUCAUCUUUGUUACAAAGUGAAAUUCCUAAUCCAUGCUUUCUUCAAGGCUAUAAAUCGGAUUUGUACAAUGCAUUUGAAUGGUUCUCUGGAAGUUGUUUAUCUGGAACUUAUGUAAAGAAAACAUUUGCUGAGGAAAUUUUCCGACCUCCUAAUAUGAAUAGUUUUUCAUUUAAUGGUACAGGACAACCUAAUGAAUGUGUCAAGUAUAUUCUAAAACAUUUUCAAACGAAAUGCGAUCAUUCAUCAUGCUCAUUCAAUAAUGUUUUUCAACCAGCUCCAUUUGGAAAGUUUAUGGCAUAUUCUGGAUUUUCGUAUGUGAUGCGUUAUUUAUUUCCUAAUAAGAACACAGGAUUUACACUAACAGAAGUCACUGAUGCCGUUAUGAAGUUUUGCAAAAAACCAUGGAAAGAUGUGGCUAAAAUUACAAAAUUAUCUGACCAGGGGUUUACUGCUAAAUAUUGUUUUGAUGGUUUAUACAUUAUUACUUUAUUGAAAAUGUAUGGUUUUACUACAGAUGAAUCAUGGAAAACAAUUACAUUUGAUUCGAAAGUUAAUGGUAAAUCAGUUAGCUGGGCACUAGGCUACAUGUUAGAUCAAUCUGGUCAUUUACCAAGUGAAAGUCCAAAAGUUUCUGUUAGUACACAAUUAUUUGUUUGUCUGUUUAUUCUACUCCUUCUGUUAAUCAUCGGUUCAAUUAUUGGAUUAUUACUAACUAGAAAUUUCUUGUCGAAAUCAAAAAAAUCAACUAGUCAGGUAUAAAUUAUGUGUAAACAACAUAAACAACCAUCACAAAUCCAUAAAUUCCAUUUUACAAUCUGUUAUGUAAUACAUCAAUUAAUCAAUAUCUUUGAUUUUAUUCUCUUUAAUUCCACAUUUUCUUUUUUUGUGUAUAGUAGUAAAACAAAAAAGCUAAAAGGAAAUAAAAUCAUAAUUACAGUCUAAUGCCUUAAUUGGAUUUUGAAAAUAACUAACAACAAAUAAAUAGGCAAUAUUUUUUGUUGCCAAGUAAUGAGCAACCAAGUAAGCAGCACAUUUAAAACAAAAACGCACAAGAAUUCCAAAAAAUCUUUUUUUUUUAAAGUUUUCACAAUUCUAUUUUCUUUGCAUUUUAUCUGUCAUACAGACAAUUCUAUAUAAACAAAGUAACUGCAAAAUAAUAAUCUUGCUAUUUUUGUAUACUUAACAGUGUGUCUUCAAAACAAUUAAAUAAAUAAAUAAACAGUGGUAGUUAAUUUUCCUCCCUUUUUGUUUUGUUAAUUUAGGAUAUUUUUGUGCUGUUAAAUUGUGUAAUUUUUUUUCCAAUAUCAUGUCCUUACUGUUUAUUCUUUUUUCCCAGACUUAAGUGUCUAAAUCAGCCAAUCAUAGUUAUGUAUUUGGGUGUGUGUGUGUUUAUCUAACCAUAUAUAUAUAUAUAUACGUAAGUUGUGUAUUCAUCUUUUCUUCUGAUUGGUUUGUUCAUACAUUUAUUUCGCAGUUUUUUAUUGGUUAUCGUUGUAUCUGCACUUUACGUUGUCAAAAAUAAGGGGAAAAUAAUGAAUUACUAAGUGUAAACUUAGUAAUAAUAAUUCUUUUAACUCAAUUAAUUUCUAAUUAAUUCACACGAAAAGGAGCAUAAUAACAAAGUUUAAUGAUCAUUAAUGGUUCCAUAAAAUAUUCUCUACCCAGUUUAUUUAAUGAUGAAGAUUAGUUGUAAAUAGAUGAAUCAGGAUUAUUUGUUAUCUUCUCAUCAAAUUACCAUAAACAACCAGUCAUUUACUAAUAGUUGACGUAAAUUUUAAUAUAACUCAUUUAUCAAGUACCAUUGGGUGUGUUCAGCUUUGAUUUAUGUAUUGUAUGUAUGAGGGAGGGUAAUAUUAUCCUAAAUAGGUGUAAUGUCAUUCGAACUUGUGACUUCUUAGUUGUAAACUAAGUGAUUCAAUAACUAAGACAAUAUCAGCUAAGAUAUUUAUGAGUUUCUAGUUAAAAUUAACUCAACACCUAUUAAAUAAGAAACUUGUUAUUUUUCUGGUGGAAAUAGGCCAUGACUGAUCGGUGAGCAAAAGCAGAUAUAUCCAGUCGCAUUAAAUAUGAGAAACCAUCUAAAUCAGAAGUGUUUAGAUAGAAAUCUACUUAUAUUCCAAAAACAAAACGGCAAUUUAACUAAAUUUAUAUAGAAAGAAAAAUGUUAGUAUAUUUAUGAUUUUUACACAAGAUUUUAGAGUCUUCUCUAUUUAUGGGAUCGCUCUAUUACUAUUAUACGACGAUUCAGACACAUUGGCUGAGUGAGAUAUGACCAAAGCUUAAUUUCUCAAACUAUUGCAGCUAGAUUUACCGGAGGAUAUUGUCAUUAAAACUUCUCGUAGACACACUGCUGAGACCGACUACAAGACCAGUGCUUGUGACUAGGAAGGCCGUUCUUCCAACUCUUAUUAGCUGAAAAUCUGGUUACGAUCACGACU